AUGCUCCCGCACCUCCUGCACCUCCUGCACCUCCUGCACCUCCUGCACCUCGCCGGCUCUCAGGAGGUUUACGCACCGCACUCCAUCCGGCUGGAGGGCGACGUGACGCUGGGGGGGCUGUUCCCGGUGCACGCCCGGGGGGGGGUCCCGGGGGCUCCGUGCGGGGACAUCAAGAAGGAGAACGGGAUCCACCGGCUGGAGGCGAUGAUGUACGCGCUGGACCAGAUCAACGGGGACGAGCAGCUGCUGCCCAACGUCACGCUGGGAGCGCGCAUCCUGGACACGUGCUCGCGGGACACCUACGCGCUGGAGCAGUCUCUGACCUUCGUCCAGGCGCUGAUCCAGAAGGACACGUCGGAGGUCCGGUGCACCAGCGGAGAACCGCCGCUGUUCGUCAAGCCGGAGAAGGUGGUCGGGGUGGUGGGCGCGUCGGCCAGCUCCGUGUCCAUCAUGGUGGCCAACAUCCUGCGGCUGUUCCAGAUCCCUCAGAUCAGCUACGCCUCCACGGCCCCGGAGCUGAGCGACGACCGGCGCUACGACUUCUUCUCCCGCGUGGUCCCCCCCGACAGCUUCCAGGCUCAGGCCAUGGUGGACAUCGUCCAGGCCAUGGGUUGGAACUACGUCUCCACCGUGGCGUCGGAGGGCAGCUACGGCGAGAAGGGCGUGGACGCCUUCCUGCAGGUCUCCAGAGAAGCAGGUGGAAUCUGCAUCGCUCAGUCACUGAAGAUUCCUCACAACAACAAACCGUCGGACUUUGAUAAAAUCAUCCGUCUGCUGCUGGACACACGCUACGCCCGCGCCGUCAUCCUGUUCGCAUCUGACGAGGACAUCAGAGGGAUCCUGAACGCCAGUAAGCGAGCCGACCAGGUGGGACACUUCCUGUGGCUGGGCUCUGACAGCUGGGGCGCCAAGAACACUCCCAUCCAGCAGCUGGAGGACGCCGCCGUCGGAGCCGUGACGAUUCUUCCAAAGAGGGCGACCAUCAGCGGCUUCGACUCCUACUUCACGUCUCGGACGCUGGAGAACAACCGGAGGAACGUGUGGUUCGCUGAGUACUGGGAGGAAAACUUCAACUGCAAACUGAUGAGCUCGUCCAAGAGAGACGAGAGCAGCAGGAAGUGCACAGGUCAGGAACGUAUCGGCUUGGACUCCAAGUACGAGCAGGAAGGGAAGGUGCAGUUUGUGAUCGACGCCGUGUACGCCGUGGCCCACGCCCUCCACAACAUGCAGAGAGACCUGUGUCCAGAGGACUCCGGCGUCUGUGUGGACAUGGACCUGGCUGGAGGCCGGAAGCUGCUCAGGUACAUCCGCAGCGUCAGCUUCAACGGAAGUGCCGGCACGUCGGUGACGUUUAACCGAGACGGCGACGCCCCCGGACGCUACGACCUGUUCCAGUACCAGUGGAGCAACGUGACGGGGCCGGGCUACAGGGUCAUCGGACAGUGGACGGAGACGCUGCAGAUCAACAUGGACGACCUGCAGUGGCCUCUGGGCGAGCGGGCGGUGCCCAGCUCCGUGUGCAGCCUGCCCUGCCGCCCCGGCGAGAGGAAGAAGGCGGUGAAGGGCAUGGCGUGCUGCUGGCACUGCGAGCUCUGCGACGGGUACCAGUACCAGUUCAACGAGUUCACCUGUAAACUCUGCUCCUACAACACCAGGCCGGACGCCAACCGCACGUCCUGCCGGCCAAUCCCCAUCACCGAGCUGGACUGGCACUCGCCCUGGGCGCUGGUUCCGGUUCUCCUGGCGAUGCUCGGCAUCGUCGCCACGAUAUUCGUCAUGGUUACGUUCGUCCGGCACAACGACACGCCGAUCGUCCGCGCGUCCGGCCGCGAGCUGAGCUACGUUCUCCUCACCGGGAUCUUCCUGUGUUACAUCAUCACGUUCCUGAUGAUCGCCAAGCCGGACGUGGGCGUGUGCUCCUUCAGGAGGAUCUUUCUGGGUCUGGGGAUGUGCAUCAGCUACGCCGCCCUCCUCACCAAAACCAACCGCAUCUACCGGAUCUUCGAGCAGGGGAAGCGGUCGGUGACGGCGCCGCGGCUGAUCAGCCCCACCUCCCAGCUGGCCGUCACCUCCAGCCUGAUCUCCGUGCAGCUGCUGGGCGUGCUGGUCUGGUUCGGGGUGGAUCCGCCCAACAUCAUCGUGGACUACGAGGAGCAGAGGACCAUCAACCCGGAUCUGGCCCGCGGCGUGUUGAAGUGUGACAUCACAGACCUGCAGCUCAUCUGCUCGCUGGGCUACAGCAUCCUGCUGAUGGUCACGUGUACUGUCUACGCCAUCAAGACCCGCGGCGUCCCGGAGAACUUCAACGAGGCCAAGCCCAUCGGGUUCACCAUGUACACCACCUGCAUCGUGUGGCUGGCCUUCAUCCCCAUCUUCUUCGGCACAGCGCAGUCUGCAGAGAAGCUCUACAUCCAGACGACCACGUUGACCAUCUCCAUGAACCUCAGUGCGUCCGUGGCCCUCGGGAUGCUCUACAUGCCGAAGGUCUACGUGAUCCUCUUCCACCCGGAGCUCAACGUGCAGAAGAGGAAACGCUCCUUUAAAGCCGUCGUCACGGUCGCCACCAUGUCGUCCCGCCUCCACAAGGCGAGCGCCCGGCCCAACGGCGAGGCCAAGACCGAGCUGUGUGACCACGUGGACGCCGACAGUCGAGCAGCGAAGAAGAAGAAGAGCGUGAGCUACAGUGACCUCGUGACCUCGUGACCUGACGGCG